AUAAAUAAAUAAAAUAAAAAAGAAUUUUCCGUACCUCUCAGUUGCCAGAAUGUUGAGGAGUCAGGCUAGAUUCUGAAACCCUAAAUCUAUCCCUAAAAAAGAUCACUCUCCAAGUUUCUUCUCAAAACAAAGUUAGCCAUGACCGGUCGUGGAGGCAGGGACCGAUCGCGACGUGACUACCCUCUGUCGGGAAGUUCGGGGCGGAGCAAUGCACCGCCAUCGAGACACCUUUGGGUGGGGAAUCUAUCGCACAGUAUACUAGAGCCAGAUCUCACCGACCACUUCUUUCAGUAUGGUGAACUAGAGAGCGUGGCUUUCCAGCCAGGUCGAAGCUACGCUUUUAUCAAUUUCAAAAACGAAGAAGAAGCUAUUUCCGCCAUGAAGGCGCUCCAGGGUUUCCCUGUAGCGGGGAAUCCGCUUAGGAUUGAGUUUGCCAAGGCGGACAAGUCAUCGACACUGUCAUGUGAUGAGGACUACUUGCUACGUCGGGAUGAGCAACGUUCUACAGUUAGAGGGUCUCCUUUCUCACCAAGGGACUCUAGAGCACGUCAUGCUAGUCCUGAACAUUUUGUCCCUGACAAAUCAAAAACAAAUGAUAGAAGUGCUGAUCCCAGUGAGGUCCUAUGGAUAGGAUUUCCAGCUUUACUGAAAGUAGAUGAAGUGAUUUUGAGGAAGGCUUUCUCUCCAUUUGGUGAGAUAGAGAAGAUUACCGUGUUUCCAGGACGUAGUUAUGCUUUUGUUCGUUUUAGGAGCAUAUUGUCAGCAUGCAGAGCAAAAGAAACUCUUCAGGGAAAGCUAUUUGGGAAUCCCCGUGUCCAUAUUUGUUUUGCGAGGAGUGAGAGUGGGUCAUCCAACAGUGGAAGGGGCUCAGGGAAUGCCCCUAGCUCUCCCCAUUUCAGGGUAAAAGGUCGCUUGGGGUCUUCUGAGAACUUUCUGCAGGAUAGGAAUUUUGCAGACUUAACAGAAGAUGCAAGCAUUAGAUCUCCUUUGAUCGAUUCUGGUGAUGCUGAUGUUUAUAGUUUCAAUAGGAAAGGUAGUUCAUGGCGUGGUGGAAAUACAUAUGAACCCUGGAGGUUUGGAGAAGAGGGGCCUGAUCCUCGACGACAACAAGAUAUGUAUGAACAUGGUAAAAGUCCAAUGGGAUUCGAUGAUUUUCCUCCAAAAUUACCUCAGAAAAGUGCAUUCUAUGAAGAACCAUGGGAUAUGCCUGAAGACACCUAUUCUGUCCCUGGAGCCAAGAAAUUGAAAACUGGCUCCCUUCCACUUGAGAAAGAGCUACCAGAGUACUCUUUAUCUGAUCUUGAACAAGAAAAAUGUGUUUUUCCAAGAAUACUCUCUGAUUUUCCUCAAUCUGAAGUCUUUAAUAAGAACUUUGAACCUGGAGCUUUGGGGUAUAAACACAUUCCCGAUCGGCCAAUGAAUUUAACUCCAAUUCAUGGGGAAAGAAAUGAUCACCGGAAACCAUCUUAUGACGGUUUUCCUGUAGGAUCUGGUUUACAAUCAAACAUUAUUGAGAAGAAAAGAUUUACUCCUGAACUGGAUCGGCCAUCUUUGAAAGAGUGGAAAUGGGAGGGGACAAUAGCCAAGGGUGGAACUCCUGUAUGCCGUGCUCGCUGCUUUCCUGUUGGAAAAGUCCUUGACAUCAUGCUGCCUGAAUUCUUAGAUUGCACAGCAAGGACUGGUCUGGACAUGCUUGCAAAGCAUUACUAUCAAGCAUCUAGUGCUUGGGUUGUUUUCUUUGUCCCUGAAAGUGAUGCUGACAUGGGAUUCUACAAUGAAUUCAUGCAUUACCUGGAGGAGAAGCAGCGGACCGCUGUUGCUAAAUUAGAUGAUGAGACCACAUUAUUUCUUGUACCACCGUCAGAUUUUUCAGAGAAAGUACUGAAAGUACCUGGGAAACUGAGCAUUUCAGGUGUUGUUUUGAGAUUAGAGCAUUCUGGUUCCAGUUUCGGGUCUACUCAUCCUAAUGAAAGAAAAGAUGCAAAUUUGUUGCUUUUUCAUGGUGAUACAUCUUAUGCAAAGCCAUCAACAACUUCAGGAUCAUUUCCUUCUUUGGCAUAUCCAGAAUUAAGUAUAUCAGAAAUUAAGGAUAACUCCUUUCCUGGGAGUGGGGCUACACCUGUUGCACCUCUUUCACUUUCUGGGUCAGCUCAUUCUGUUGGUGAUGUAUCCGACUUGUAUAGUGAGCACAGGCAUGAUCAGGCUCCCCAGCGAAAUGCUAUGUUUGGACCAAGCUGGUCUUCCCAUGAUCAGCAUCAUCCGGUGUCUGUUGCCAGAAAUACUCAAGUUUCUAGUAGUGCUUUUGAUCCUGCAAUUAAGGGGUAUCAGUUAGUUAUGCCAAGAGCAGUGCAAGAAACAUAUUCUAGUACUGGUGGAACUUCAGGUAUUCCAUUAUCUGGAAAUAGCAAGCCCGCUAUGCCUAUUUCAGCCCUUCAACCAGAACAACUAGCACAACUGGCGUCAUCUCUUAUUGGGCAGCAGAAGCAGGUGGGAAAUACUCCAAAUGUAUCAAUCGGGGAGCAUUUUCGUCACACAAACACAAUGGACCAGCCCGACUUGUUGAGACAAGCACAGGGAUAUGCUUUACAAAAUAAUCAGGCUACUCCUGAGCUCUCAACAUCUCAGCUUUCUCAAGUGCAACAGUUGCAUCAGCAGACAUCAAAUGCAGCUGCAGCAGUGCCUCAAGCAUCUCAAAGAAGUCAGCAAUUGCAUGGUAAUGGUAUACAGGAAGAAGGCGAUGCAGAUCCACAGAAACGCUUGCAAGCAACAUUACAGCUGGCAGCAGCUCUUCUUCAACAGAUUCAACAGGGGAAAGGGAGUUGAACUGGUUUCAGCUUCGAUUUCAAUGUACUGGUACCAUGUGAUACUUUUAACAAUCAGCUUAAUGAAACUUCACUUAUUAGUUUUCCAUGGGUUGCCCGGAAUCGUCCAAAUGAGGCAGCGGAUUAUCUCAGUUCUUAGCAUUGUAAAUUCGGUGGCCUUUCUAGCACAUAAUUUUGGAAUUUCUUUCUCAGCUACUUACGUUAAUUUUGGAAUUUCUUUCUCAGCUACUUACGAUCUUCUUUUACUUAACUAACAAGUUGCUUGCCAGCCAUGUUGAUAGCUACUCUUGAUGCAUGGGGCUAUUUUGUUAAGCACCGUUUGUUUCGCAAAAAAUAGUUUGUUAACGCAAAAUAUUUUCAUAAAAAUGCCUCACAUGGUAGCCCUGCUAGUACUAACAUAUAUAUCUGCAGUAUCGUUAUUGCACUCUCCAACUCUCCAAUCAAUCAAGGGCUUCAAAAAGAAUUAUUAUUACAUGUUUAAGGUUUAGCAAGAAUUGAGAUGAUUUCAUUUAUUGAUCGGUUUCUAAUGCUAAAAGUUGGUCACCCUUUUAAUAUCGUUGAUAGAAGAUUUGAUCACCCCAUCGUUUUCCACUCCCUUUUCUACGCCUUUAGCCUUUCUUUCGCCAGAACUAUGCGUAAACCACGUCUCUUGUUGCAUCCCAUAAGCGAAUCCCCUUUCCUUCUCUCUUGGCAUAGUUGGUUAUAAUUUUAUGCAUCAUCCACGAUCUCUUAUCUCAUAAAACCAAGAAAUCAAUCUCAUAUCUAUGGUUUCAGUGCAGAAACAUGAUCAUAAAAUAAAUUAAAGCACCUAAAUGCUAGGUUCUCAGCCUCAUCUGUACAUAUAUAUCAUGCUUGGUGUUUACCUGGCCGGGUCAAUUAAAGAGCAGCCAAUUCAACAACAAAUCGACCCAAGGUUGUUAUUAAAGAAAAAUGUUAGUAAUAUCAUGAAUUAUAAUGAAAUAAUUCAUGUGAUAUAAAUUUUAAAAAUUUUUUAUAUGAUACCUAAAUUAUAAAUUUUUAGUUAGAUAUAUGAACUAUAAAUCCAUUAAUUAAGUUGUAACAUAAUUAAUUUUAAAUGAUAACACAAGACAAAUA